UUGUCGGUACAGCAGCAGUCAGCAGUCAGCGGUCUGCUUCUCCCGUCCACGUUUUCCCGCCACGGCUCCCGCGUACCUAUGAGGAGGCGCGAAAGAGCGGGAGGAAAAAAGGAGGCAGCGGCAAUACCUUUGCGCACUGGAGCUUAUGGAUUAUUGAGAAGUGGAUGCUGUGAGAAGGAUGAAAUAUUCAUAGGACUUUUUGAGGAGGAAACGGUAUUGCAGAGAUUCCCUGCAGUGAUUGGACCAGAUGGACCAGAGGACCAGAUGAAGACCAGCUCCGCUGCCGGAGGAGGAUUGUGCAUCUAGCGUGUGAGUGCGCGUGUGCGUGCGUGUGCCUUUGGAAAGGAGCCCCCGCUGCAGUUGUUGCCCGCUUCUACCGAUAUAAAGAUGCCACCGACUUGCUGACGGACACCCGGGAUCCGCAAACCCUCCCACCCUUCCUCCUCCUCCUCUUCCCCCCCACCCGGACGGACGGACGGACGCGCGGAGCCCAGCCAUCCCUCCUUCACUAAUAUGCAAUGGUUUUUUGUGCAGAAGCCGACAGCUGCCGCGUACCGCCGACUACACGCUAGCGCCGCCGCAUGCCUGUCCACCGCUGCCGCUCCUCUCCCCGCGCCGCGCGGCACACGACGACGCCAUUCGAAGAGGAGCACUCGGGGGCUCUUGACGCCGCGGCGGGAGCGCGGCAGAAUCAGCCGCUCCUCCUCCUCCAUCACCUUCUCUCCCUCCUCUUCCUCACCUGCUGAGGACCAUCGGCCUCCAGAGAGAAGCGCCGCGGAGGUCGCUCUUUUCCUUCCGCUCGGGAACGACGUCAAGGCGGACUACGUGCGCGUGGAGGAACCGGGCGAGAAACCGGGCGACGAACCGGGCUUGCUUCUCUUCUACCUUUCUAUGGUGCAGAUCGGGGGAGCCAAGCACCGUCGAACUGAGCCCGACUGCUGGCCGGUUCCGCUGGCAUGCAAACAGGGGGGCGGACCGGCCCCCAUGCGGUGGGUGAAUUUUAGGCUGCCGCAUCCGGUGCGCCUCUCGUCCCCCACCUUCUCUUCCUCCUCCUCCUCCUCCUCUUCCUCCCCCGUCUCGGCCAAAUCCAUGCGGUUUAUCUGGAGCAACAUUUUCAGCAAAGGAUCGCAUAUGCUGCAGUGUCUUUGUGGCAGGAGCCUCAAGAAAACCAAGAACCCAACUGAACCACAGCUGAAGGGCAUAGUGACCAGGUUGUUCUGCAGACAGGGCUUCUAUCUCCAGAUGGGCCAGGAUGGAAGUCUGGAUGGGACCAAAGACGACAGCACCAACUCCUCUCUGUUCAACUUAAUUCCCGUGGGUCUCAGAGUUGUGGCCAUCCAAUCAGUCAAGACUGGUCUCUACAUCGCCAUGAACGGAGAGGGUCACCUCUACUCUUCGGAACUGUUCACCCCGGAGUGCAAAUUUAAGGAGUCUGUGUUCGAGAAUUACUACGUCAUCUACAGCUCCAUGCUCUACAGGCAGAAGGAGUCGGGACGGGCCUGGUUUCUAGGCCUCAACAAGGAAGGCCAGGCCAUGAAGGGAAACAGAGUCAAGAAGACCAAACCAGCUGCACAUUUCCUGCCUAAACCGAUCGAAGUUGCGAUGUACCGAGAGCCUUCAUUGCAUGAUGUAGGGGAGGCGGUGCCUAAACUCGCCGGGGGCCCGCCUUCCAAAAGCACAACCAGCGAGCCGGUGGUCAUGAAUGGCGGCAAGCCUGUCAGCAAACCUGACAAGGAGGAGACAUAGCCCCGCCCAUCCCCCCUCCCUACAGCCUCUUUCCCACUUCACCCAGCCAAGCAGAGUCCCGGAAAAGCCAGCGACUCUGCAACGAAUGCGACAAAACAAACUGAAAGUUUGGACUCGUCGGCAGCGGGGAGCCACACCAGGCCCCUCGCUGCUCAUCUUAUUGGACAGAACUGGUGUUGUAGAUGGCAGGGGGCCAGAGAAGAAGAUGGCUACAGCCAGCUGGAAGUGGGCAGAAGUUGGACCUUCCCUUGGAGAAGACAGACUUCUUAUAACGACAACAAACAAAAAAAUUUAUACAAAAGUGUUGUAUCCGCCGGUGUUUUCCUGUGACAAUCUGUUACGAAGAGGCCUGCUUUUUUUUUCCUCUUUUGAUCGUCAAGUGUCCUGUUGCCAAAUGUGCUUACUGGCUGCUGGCUUCAGACACACACAAGCACCAUAGCUUUGAUUUCAAUCAUUACGACAAACAUGACAGAGUUCUGAGAACACAGCACACAUUGUUCUGUUCCAAGUUAUGAUCUGACACGUUUGGUCCUUAUUUGACAGGCACUGUCCAUCAUUUUUGGCGGUAUCCAUUCAAAGCACUGGUUGAAGACCAAGCUGCUUGGUUGUACAGAUAAGGAACAGACUUCUGUUGCUACCUCCCUGUCAGCCCCCUCAAACAAUACGAUGACCUCCUCUUCACGGAGCCCCACUCAAGAAUUCCAGGAAGGAGUUGGUCAAAUCGGCACAUGGGUUAGAACCGAAGACGGGUGUGUGUAGCGCCGAGCAAAUGAAGGCAAGGCUUCAGGUAACAAGGUAGCAGUGUUGUUUACAAGGAGUAGCAGAGGACGCAUAGAAUGUAGGGGGGAAGGAAGAUGGCGUGUCAGUGCUUGGAACUUUUUCAGGACAGAAAUGAGCUCCUAUUUCUGACUGUGUAUCAUAACCUUCUGCCUUCCCAAGAACUUGAAUUUAAAGGUGGGAGUGAGGGUACGAGUGAACAGGGUAAAUCACGUUGAAGUCGCUUGAUUUGAUGUACUGUGUACAGAGUUUAUGACGUGUGACAUGAAGGUGUUGUAGUGAAAACCAUUUUAAACAUUCUGAUAGCAGGCUUUUUGAUGAAAACUGCAUAUAGCACAGAUAUUUUAGCCUCAAUCAAAAUAUUGCAUGAUGAGCUCGAGCGUGGCGGGGAACUGCACGGAAAGAAAACAGAAUACCCUCCUUGGUGAAAGCAAACCAAAUAGAUUCCUCACUGUGACCGUCAACUUGGCUCCAAUCUGUUCAGGACUUGGAUUCAAGUUCAAGACCCUGGCUUUUGGUUCAGAUGGCAGUGAACUACACUGGUAGUUACACUCGCUGAGGAGAUCCGAAUACUGUGAUCCUACUGGUCCUGUUAGUGCUAGCGAAUGAGACCUGCCAUCCAUGACUCAGGAUGACGUGAGAGGCUCAGCAGAUGUGAUUUCAGUAGUGUCCCUCCCUCUGGACUGGAACAAGAUGAAUGACCACCAAGACAGAAACAAGGCUGUGUGACUAAUCAGACGAGCUGUAUCCCCUCAGCUACAGUUGGGGUGGAAAAAAAGCGAAGCCGCUUGCACUUCAGGAUCACAGCUCAAGGCUUCACUCCUCAGUGACAGGAACAGAGUACAGUAGAUCCCCGCUUUUUGCUGGGGGCUCCGUUCUGGGACCACCAAUGAAUGGUAAUAAUGUAUCUGUAUAAACCGCCUAUGAGUCGCUGGGCCCAGCAUCGUUCGAGCAUGAAUACUCAAGCAAGAGACAAAAUUUUAUGAGCAUAGUAGCAGAUCCAACCCCACCUAAUGCAUAGAAUUCCCUACCCCCGUACCUUUAAGUCAUAGAUAAUUACUUAUGGUAUAUGACAUUUGCAAGAAAUUGACCAUUUUCAGAGGACAAAAAAAAUCUUUGUCCAAGAAUUUGUGAACUUGCAAGGCCGUGAAAGCUGUGCAGGGAUCCACUGUACAUUGUUCCGUCCGCUCUGGUACGUACUGUCACCUUGACCAAUUCAUCCGUUCCGCGACUGCAAUGACGAAAUCACAGCGAGCGUCGUGUUCUUAGGACAAAAGCUGUCAAGUGUAUUUCUGCUGUUGUCUCAUCAGGACGUUGUCUUAUAGAUUCUCUCAUCGCUGGCUGUUUGGUUUUUACAGUGGAACCUCUGAAGGCCAACACUCUGAGGUCCUUCUAGUCACAAUUUGACUAUUUCAGGCCUCUCAAUUUGAUCACUACUUCUGUAUAUUGCUUUUUUUGCAACGCUUUUCAGAAAACAUACACCAGAAAUGAAGGACUCCGGCAUCAUCAGACCAAUUUCUUUGCUUUCAAAGUCACAUUUUUUAACUGUGCUUGACUUUUUUUUGUGGAAGUUCAGAUCUGUGCGUUACAAUCGUGAAAGGACUCACCAACUCUGUGAUUUGACUUUCUAAAUAGUGUUUAACUUUAGAGGCUCCACUGUACACCCGCAUGUUGAGACGCUCUUGAAUCUCACCCCUACCCGGGACUCUUGUGCCAUGCGCUGAUGAGAAAGAAGUGGUGUCGUACUUGUCUGGCGUCAACAAAAUAUGGAUCGUUAACUUGUAUCGUGACACUUGUUGUAUCAUUGUUGCUAGGAAAUGAUAAGAGAACUAGCCCUGACAAUCAGGUACGUCGUCAUUGAUUCAUCAUCGUCUGUACACCGUCGCAGAGAUUUUUGGGGGGCACGGAACGCAGGUCACCGUUUUUAUUUGGACCACAUUCAGGAAUAGUACUUGAAGUGUCAUCAUAGGCAAAGUUUUGUUUUUUAUAAAUUCAGGUUCAGAUGAGCUGUCCUUAAUUGUUUUAUAGUGCGUAUACGUAAAUGCUAUAAUAAAUAGUUGACAAAUACCAGAUGAGGAGUUUUGUGCCCGACAGCACUUAGUCUAUAUCAAGCAGCGGUGCAAAUGUGAGGCAGGAGAGAAAAAAAUGGAUACUUGACAGUACACAGUGGAAUGAAAUGGCAGCAUGUGGUGUAAUGGUACAGCUGCCGCCUUCUAAGGCAGAGAAUGAAGAUUGCUAUGUGUUAUUUUGCACUGAAAAUAAUUGAUUAAACAAAUGUUCCCCUGUGUAUUCGUAUUGAUACAUGGGAAACAAUUUGUAGGUACAAUGGGUCCUAAAAAUGUGGUGACCACAGCUGCCCAAAUAAUUCCUUGUGGCCCCCAUAGUCCGUCUCCAAUUGGGCAAGUGGGCGGCCACGGAGGAACACAUGUCCUAUUCAGAGAAGCCCACCUUGUCAGGUUAGUUAGCAGCAUGGAGAACGUCUGUCGCACAUGUUCAAGAAUAAUGACGGUCGAGUGAAAAAGGUCCAGAUGUAACAGCGUUUUCCAGGUUGAUAAUCACACCUCUGACGCAGGACGCAAUUACCGCGAGUAUCUCCUGAGAGGUUCCUCCCCGCUGGUGGUUAGCCCGGCACCAAGGCUACAAUUAGGAGCUUCGCAUACAGAAAGAGCGCCGGCUUUAAUUAGAAGGGAGCAAUCACGACAAACCUGGGUGACUUUUAAUUUCCCACUCGUGUGUCACUGCCAGGCACGUGCAUUGUAGAGUUGAUGUGCAGUAUUAGUGCGGGUGCACAGUACACACACACGGACAUGUGACGUUUAGAGCUGCGCUCUUGAUGUAGCUUGUCUCAUUCAGGUUCACUCUGUUCGUCUCACAGAAGAAGGCCUUAUUACGCACACACACUCAUAGACAAGAUGACUUAUCAGUAAUUCUUUGCGUCGCACCUCCUCUCGCUGCUAGGGCCGUUUCCACUUGUUGCACGUGUUAUGGACCAAUGACAUUUGUGGGGUGCAAGGGGGGCUAAUGCAUGUGGUCAUGUCGGAAAUAGUAUGUAAUAAAAACAAAGCUGCAUUUAGCUUAUUUCUGCUACCGAUUUACACCAGUUAAGAUGCUUUACAGCAUUUAAAAAAAAAGAUGGUUUUUGGUCAUGUCGAGAUUAAAAACACCACUAAGUAAAAGCAAGCUGUGCCGUUGUAGUGAGUUGGCUAGCAAAAGGUGGCUCGUGCUGUCUACUGUCUUUCAGUAAAUGUUCAGUUCCUCUUACAUCCAUAUUAUGCAAACAAGAUAUGUCUGCACUGUACAGUUUGUGUCUCACCUAUUGUAUACACACAGAACAGAACAAUAUUAAAGAUUUAUACAAAGGAAGAAUGGCUUGA